UGAGGUUCCUGUUGUAGUGCUAUGGGUAUUUUUUCCGUUCAUUAAUAUCAGUUCGAAUAUAUCACUUUGAGUGAGUGGUCGUGCCUUACAAUUAGUUCCGCGGAGUAUUAUACCGUUCAACAAGUAGAUUUUUUGCAUGGAAGUUUUUUUUUAAAUAAAAUCGAAAAAAAAAAUGGGCCAUCAUUCUGAUAUAUAAAUGAGGAUUAUGUGACAAAAAUGCAGUUUUAAAAAUCACGGAAAAUUUUUAGUGAAGUAAAUGUGUUGCACAUCUAACAGAUUGCACUGAAAAGCUAUAAAAAAUCCAUCGAAAACUAUGAAGUCAUCAGAGAGUAAAGCUAAAAAUAAGAAAAAGACUUCGGUCAAAAAAUUACCAUCGAAUGGGAAACGUAUUAGUUUCCCGGAAGGCAACCAAUCUAAUGACGAUACUAAUUUACCGAAUGCUGGGAAAAAGUUUCAGGAUACUACCAAGACAAUUAUGAGACGUCGUUCGAGAUACGAGAAACAAAUAAAUGCAAUGUGGGAGCUAUUUUCGGAAUAUAGCGAAUCCAGUUCAUUGCAUGGUGUUAAAUACGUUGGACAGAAAAAGCGUCAUUGGAUCGAACGAACUUGGUGGGCGUUCGCAUUUAUCAUCUCGCUAGUAAUUUGUGGAAAGCUAAUUUUCGACACUUUUACGAAGUGGGAACGUUUUCCUGUUAUUGUGACAUUCGCUGAACAGUCUACUCGUAUAUGGGAAAUUCCUUUUCCAGCCGUUACACUUUGUCCACAGAUUAAGACCAAACAGACGGUGUUCAAUUAUACGAAUUACUUUAACUUGUACCAAAAAGACUGGACGAAAGCGAAAGGUUUGAAUGCAAGUGAAUUUUCGCGAUUGAAAUCAGCUGCACAGGUUUGCAAGACGGUGCCGAAGGAAUUUUUAAAAAUUGGAUCGCUGAGUACGACCAAUGAUAUUUACUCCAAUCUAAGACGUAUUGCACCUAAAGUGUCUGACAUCAUGUAUCAUUGCGAUUUUAAUGGACACAAAACGAAGGAUUGUUCGAAGUUUUUUAAGGAAGUAUGGACUGAAGAGGGUCUCUGCUAUACAUUUAACUUCCUAAACGGAUCGGAUUUGUACAGGACACGCAAUCUAGCGGCGGACUAUCCAGUGACAAAACAUAACAUGUCGGCCAAAUACUGGAAUGUCAAUUCCGAUUACAAGAAAGUUAAAAAUGUUUCUGAGGAUAAAAUCUUUCCGCAUCGUGUCUUUGGAUCUAGUGAUGGACUGACAGUGAGCUUAAAAAUUUUGGAAGAAGAUCUCGACUACCUAUGUGGAGGUAGUGUGGACGGAUUCAAGCUUCUUCUGCAUCCGCCGAACGAGGUGCCACAAAUGAACAAAUAUUAUUACAGAGUUCCGAUGAAACAAGAGGUUAUCUUUUCGGUAAAGCCAAUAUUCAUGAACACAUUGGAUACGUUAAAAUCAUACGAUUCAAAAAGACGACAGUGUUACUUUGAAAACGAACGACAUUUGACCUUCUACAAAAGUUACACUCAGAGAAAUUGUGAAUUGGAAUGUAUUUCUAAUUAUACAAUUAACAAGUGUGGUUGCAGCCCGUUCUACAUGCCAAGAAACUCGAACACUUCGAUUUGUGGACUGAGCAACUAUGAUUGCUAUCAAAAAUGUAAAAUCAAGAAAGUUGCGUCGGGUCAAUACAAUUUAUGUGGUUGUUUGCCAUCAUGCAGUUCCUUAUCGUACGAUGUCGAAUUUUCGCUUGCCAAAUUUAGACUCCAAAAAUACUUCGCCGCCAAGAAACAGAGCUUUGAGGGCCACGAUGUGACAAGAAUAUUCAUUUCAUUCAAAGAUAAUCAAUUUUUUGCUUCACGUCGGUCGCAAUUGUAUGGGAAAACGGAUUUUCUGGCUAACUGUGGAGGUUUGUUGGGACUGUUUAUGGGAUUCUCGUUUCUUAGCUUAGUGGAAGCGGUUUACUUUUGCACGUUACGCUUAGCCUGCAAUUUGCGUCGGCGCCACGCUCGAAAGAAGAAGCGUUUAGCAAUGAUGACGGAAUCGUUCCAUAAGGAGGAUCGAUUUUAGUGUUAGUUUAUUUUCCACAUAUUGUUGUCACCUCUUCAAUGUAAUUAUAUCAAUUUAAGUACAAUUAUCGCUAGAAAGAAAAUCUACUAAAGAAAUCGUAUA